UCCACGGGCCUUGCACGAACACUGCCGACAUUCGUUCCACUACAAAGACAAAGACCAAAACAGACACAUCCAAUCGCAUCCGAGAGAACCGAGUUAGACAAAAGAGACCAAGAAUUGACGAGAGAGGAGCAGGGCACAAAGAUAAAACGACGGCGGCAUCAGAAUGAGGUAUUCGUCGUUCUUCUAUCUAUCCUGCCUGCUGGUUGCCAUCGAUCGGCCGUGGCAGAUCCACGCCAGGGGUUUUUUCGGCAGGCUCCUCGACAUGGUAACCGGCGAGGGUGGGGGGGACCACCCGGUCGGCGGAAACAGCAACAGCUACAGCAGCAGCAACAGCAACAGCACGGGCAGCAUCAAGAUCGGCACCCGGAGGACCGAAAGAGCAGACGGCGGCGGCGGGUUUCCGACGGCGAGGCUCUCGAACGGCGUGAGCUUCCCCCUGGUGGGGCUGGGGGCGGGGAACCUGCCGCCGGAGGCCGUCCAGGGGAUCGUCGCCCACGGGCUGGCCGCGGACAAGAACGUCCGGCUGAUCGACACGGCGCGGGUGAGCCAGAACGAGUUCCUCGUCGCCCGGGGGAUCGUGGAGGGCGCCGAGCGGCUGGCGUCGGCGCCGGACAAGGGGGCGGACCCUUCCGAGGUGCACGUCGUCACCAAGGUCUGGUACACCCACCUGGGGUACGAGCGGACGCUCCUGUCGGCGAGGUCCUCCCUGGAGGCCCUGGCGGAGGCCCGGGACCACCCGGGCGUCGACCUGAGGGUCCACCUCCUGCUGCACUGGCCGCGGUGCUACGACGAGAUCCCGUGGAUGGACUGUGCCGGCGAGGAGGAGGGCCUCCCCCCGGACACCAGGGCCGCCGGCCCGGCCCCCCACCUGGACCCGGCCGGCGCCUGGAAGGGGAGCUGGAGGGCCCUCGAGGAACUCCUGGCCGACCCGUCCAACCCGAUCGCAAGCAUCGGGGUCUCGAACUUCCACCGGAGGGACCUCGAGGAGCUCGAGGCCUUUGCGGCCGUCCGGCCGCAGCUCCUGGAGACCAGCGCCUGGUCGCUCCUGUACGAUCCCCUGCUCAUCGAGUUCUGCCACAAGUGGGGGAUCCACGUCGUGGCGCACAACCUGAUGGAGGGGGUCCUCUACCGGGCAAGCGAGGCGCCCUUUGCGUCCCACCACCUUUUGUCGGUCGCCAACGACCUCUCCCUGACCAUCGAUGCCGGCAAGGCCACCACCGACCCCGGGACCGGGGUCUCGGCCGCCCAGGUCGUCCUGGCCUGGCUCGUCCAGCACUCCAUCUCGGUCAUCCCCAUGACGACCGACCUGUCCCACCUGGGGGAAAACUCCGCGGUGGCCCUCUCGAGGAUCCCGGCCAUGGACGACCGGCAGGUCCGGGUCGUCGCCGAGUCCGUCGAGGCCCUCAUCAGCGGGGACGACCUGACGGAGGACGCCUUUGUCACCGUCACCUUCCACGCCAGGUCCAAGGACGUCUUUUUGUACUGGCACGAUCCCGAGUUCGGGGGGGAGAUCGAGGUGGCCCGGAUCGACAAGGGGACGUCCUUCGAGGAGUCCUCGCACCCCGGCCACGAGUUCAAGAUCUACGACGUGGAGGGCGGGGGGAUGGAAUUCUUCCGGGUCGCCGGCAACUACGGGGAGCACAAACACAUCGAGCUGUAGCACAGCACAGCACCGCACGACACGACACGACACGACACGACACAACACAACACAAGACCAACAAAACGAGCGCACAAGGGAAUCGGAGUGGCCGCUGCUCCCAGCACGGCACGCGAGAACGAUGCUUGCUUCGAAUUUCACUGCAACAACAACAACUACUACUACUACUACUACUAUUUCUGUAAUUCUAUACUGUAACACUACACGUACCACUACUCACAAAAACCAAAACGAAGUUUCACGGCGAAAAAUAGAAACGAUCAACGAUU